GUGCUAACAGAGCUAAUCUGAUUUAUCGUCUCAGUUAAGCGCACGAAACGUCCACCAGGAUUACCAAAUUUAGUUUUCCUCAUAUUCCCCAAAGCGGCAUAUCGAUCUAAACUCGUCCGAAUUCUGUUUUGGAGGAUGGCAUCUCUUGGGGAGCCUGUGCGAUUGGAAAGAGAUAUCAACCGUGCAAUUGAGCUGCUUGACAAGCUGCAGAGGACGGGGGAAGUUCCUCCUCAGAAGCUGCAGGCGCUGCAGAGGGUCUUGCAGAGCGAAUUCUGCAACGCUGUCAGAGAAGUUUAUGAGCAUGUGUACGAAACGGUGGACAUUAACAGCAGUCCUGAGGUCAGAGCCAACGCCACAGCUAAGGCAACCGUGGCAGCUUUUGCAGCAAGUGAGGGACACUCUCAUCCACGUGUGGUGGAGCUGCCCAAGACAGAGGAAGGCCUAGGUUUUAACAUAAUGGGAGGAAAGGAGCAAAACUCGCCGAUUUACAUCUCACGGAUCAUCCCAGCAGGCAUCGCUGACCGACAUGGAGGCCUUAAAAGAGGCGACCAGCUUCUCUCUGUUAACGGGGUGAGCGUGGAGGGUGAGCACCAUGAGAAAGCUGUGGAACUCCUCAAAGCAGCCCAGGGCACAGUGAAGCUGGUUGUAAGGUACACCCCCAAAGUCCUUGAGGAAAUGGAGUCACGAUUUGAGAAAAUGAGGUCGGCAAAGCGCCGGCAACAGAACAACUACCAGCAGUAGGAUUUUUCCAGCUUCCUGCUCAGUUCCCAGGGGUCUCCUCUUUUAGUUAUUUUGGUUAUCUGCUCUAGUCUCUUUUUAUCCUCUUGUUCACUCACUCUUCUCCCUCCACACACAAAAGGAAAAAAAACUUUACUAAUUUUAGUUAUUUCUAUCAUAUGCUGUAUAUUGUGCUUCUAAUCUCCUCUGUAGCAUUUUAAUAGUAACCACUGUUACUGUGCUUGACACUAAAACUCUAGAUACACUAGAAUGAUCAUGAUUGUCUGUGACUUGACAAUUUGAAUGCAGAGUUGGCUUUUUUUCUUUAUUUUUUUUUAAGGUGAACUGUGUGACUCUUUGACGGAGAAGGUUUUUAUUUGUUUCAUCACGGCCACUACCAAGUGCCUCAGGGCAAACGUAUUCAUGUCAUGUGCUGUGGAAACUAACCUUGUUUCAUUUUAACAUUUUAGAUGUAAGCACUAGUGACUGGUGGCAGGAAUUAAACCAACAGAGCAUGCUUUCUUUAAGAAAAUAAAACGUUUUAGAGAGCAAACAUUAAAUCACGCAUUUUAAAUUUAAUGGCAUUUAACAGACUUGUCAUCAAUAGAAAGACUUUGAAGUUGAUAUAAAAGGGAUGUUUGGCUUCAAAAAAGAUAAUAACUGUAUUCUCAAAGCUCAGGGUGCACAAUAACAAGCCCAGCAGGGAUUUAAUGGGGUCUCAACAAGUCCAGAGCUGAGCUGGUGCCACCGCCGGGCUUCACAUUGUAACAUUUCUCAGAGUUUGACACCUUCAGAAGCACAAACUCUGCAGUCACCCGGAGCCGAGACAAAAUGUAUACUCAUCAUAAAUUUGAAUCUCACAGCUUUAUUGAACUUUUCAUUAGUUUCAACAACCAUGAUUUCUGUAGCAUAAUUUUUGAACUUCUACAAUCAGUUCAGAUUUUUAUUCUAAGAAUUUGGUUUCUAAAAUCUUUGAAGAAAUAUAAAUUAUUUUGGUAGUUUUUCUCUUGAAUGCCCUCAUAGGUUUCUGGUUACUCUCUUCUUAUGAUAAUUUAAGGUUGUACAGGAGACUUCAUAACUAACUACUAGGAACAUUUUCAUCACUACUCUUGCUAGAAAGUAGUCCCACCACAUCGUACUACCACCGCUAUGUUUGAAACUAGAUUAUGCCUACCUUGCACCUGAUGUUUGUGUUACCAUAAAAUUUUCAAAUAAAGAGCAUUUUCUUUUUCUAAGUUGAUCAGCUGAAAACUUUGCUGGAACUAAAGGUGCUUACAGUUGAUGACCGAGGUUUCUUUAUUUGGCAGCAGUCUGAUGUAAAACUGCAGUCAGUGACACAGGUUUAGAGUGAGACUGGUUAUUUGAUGGUUUCUGCCAGUUUGAGCUACUUUUCUGCCAAACUAAUAGCAAGCCUUAAAGUAAUGUGUCUGUACCAUCACAUUUUUUUGGAUUAUGACCUGUAGGUCUACCGCUAAGAAAUGAAUGUAGACAUUUGCUCCUUUUCCUGGAUCUACGUUUGGACUUUUCUUGUUUUUGGGGGUUGUUUGAUUCAAUGAUAACUGCAGGAUGGUAGAAAAAGCACAGAAAGUUGGGAGAUGUUUUUUAUUAAUUUUAUUAUGAUCACAUCUUUGACACUUUAAUUACGACUAAAAUAAUCAUCUAGGAAGGAAUAUGGAUAUAUCUGAUCCUGUGUUGUCUUUUGGGAAAUUGAAUUGUCCACAACAAACAAUGCUUAAUGCAAUCUUUCAUUAUUUUUUCCUAAACAAAAGAGCAGACUUUAACCCAAUAUGGUAUACAAGUUAUCUGUAUGUGCACCAAAAUAAAGUGUGGAUGCAGAUUCUCUGCAGUUUUUAGUAUUUUCCAAAAGUGAACAUCUCAAUUCACAUGACCUUCAUUCUCCAUUUAUAUCCUGUAGUUGAUGAAAUCAUUGAAGGAUUAAUAAGAAAAUGAUAACAGGCUUUUUAAUUAAUCGUUUAGAUGCUUUCAGAAAGAACAGAAAGCUGCAGGUAUUUCCUUCAGUAAAAAAAAAUAUAACAAUAAUUUUCUCAAAACUGUCUUUGCCUCAUUUCUCACAUGCAUGCAUGUUCUUUCCAAAAAUACACAUACUAAAAUGUUCUUUAUGAAUUAUGAUCCAAAAUUUCACUGUGAUCAUAUAAUAAACACUCCCUUUACAUAUACAUCACUGCAUGUACAAUAAUAUCUUGUAUUCCUUAAGUCUUCAUUUAUGAAUUCUUAAAAAAAACAAAACAAAAAAGAACAUAAUAAAUUCUAUGUUGGGAAUUAUUUGAGUUGGUAAAGCCUCUCCUUGUUAAUAAGAGCAGCAUAAGUGACAUGAGAAAUUUCUUGCUUUUCCAGUAAAGGACAUAUAAAAGAUGAUUCUAAGGUUAAAACUAUUCAAAUUCCUCAUAAAUCAAAUCAAAUUUAUUAACAAAGCUUUUUGUCUCCUUGUUUCUCACGUACGUUUGAUGUUAAAUGUGUAGCAUGCUGCAAAGUAUAUUUUAGUUUUCCAAGCCAUACAGUUGACUCAGGAUUGAUAUGCUGCAUCACUGGGACACUAGAGCAUCAAUAGUAGCUCUGAUUAAUCUAAAUGAAGGAAACAGAUGAUAGAUUAAGUGUUUUUAACAGCUCUUUAGUAGAGCAUCAUGUUUAAAGAAGUAGUAGUUUUGAUUUUUAAAAAUUAGAAUGAUACAGUUAAGUCAACCACUAAGUUUUAGCAUGUUCUUACAUAACAGAGAUGACCUAAACCCAAUGUAAAUACAGUCAGUUUUUGUGAGCAGUGCAUGAAAUUUGAUCGCUGAAUGUACAGUUUGGUGAUAUUUGUGGUGGUAUUUCACAUAAUAAAAUCUAUUGACAACACCAAGAGACAAAUAACUCACUAAAAACAAUUCUUCAGGGAGAGCUAAAGAAAAGUAUUUUGUGGCAAACCUUGGGGAAAGUUCCAAGUUCUUGUGAAGGGGGUGUUAAAAUUGUGCAAGUUGCAUAAACAACAGUUUCUGAGCUCACAGUGCAGUUUUAUUUAAUGGCUUACAUCCAGAACUUUUGCAAGAAAAAAAAACAAAACACAAUUGUUGGGGGAAAAAAACAUAAAAUGGAACAGGCUCAAUGCAAAUCGAUUAUCUAUGCAAAGUCAUUUCAUAAACUUCAGAAAUAAAACCUAUUGGUGCAAAACAAGUGAACAAUAUUGUAUGAUAGAAUGUUACUCAAAAUUGCUGUUGAACCUGAGGCUAAUGGUGUACUGUGAUUCAUGGGAGUUAUACAGCUUUACUAAAUCAUUAUCGUUCUGAUCAGCAUCUAUGUUUAAAAUAUGAGACUUAAACUCCUAAUUAGUGAUUGUUGAAAGGCUUAACGGAGGAACAUCUUCUGUAGUUACCUUUUUAUUGAGCAUUAUUUAGCACUGUAUGAUAAAGAUAUAAUUCGAAAAGAAAGUUAAAGUAUUUGUCUACAUCUGUCUGCUGGUGUAACUUUUGGUUCAAGCUGGUCAGAACCAGUUUGUUUGGGCUGCAAGUAGCAAAUCAGUUCAAAAAUGUAUUUGAAUGGGUGCAACUUUAAAAUAAGACUUCCCUUAUAAGAUAUUCCUGGUUAGUUAAACCUACUACUCAUAAGAGUUUAGAAACAGAAAUGAAAUCAGGUUUGUGUAUUGCUUUUCAGGACACUCAAAGACACUUUACAUAAAAUCAGUCAUUUUUAUUCACGCACACAUUCCCAUCUUGCCCAUUAACCAACUUCCUGUGUCUGCUUUGGAAUGGCUUAUAGAUUAACAACUUAUUUAUAACUGAUUUAUUUACUAUUAACCACUCCUAAGGAGAGUUUUGUUAUAAAGUUGCGCCCAUAAAUUGGUGGAAAUAUUGGAAUUGAACAUUGAAAUGUUUUCAUGUUGACUUAGAACAACAUUUUGGUAUUAUUGUCUAAGUUAUAUGAUAUGAUCUUAUUAAAGCGAAAGACUGGGAUUGCAUAUGAUUCUUAUUUCAAAGAGGGAAUAUUUAGAUAUUUGUUGUAACUUACUCCAAUUUACUUUUGAGUUGAGUGUAAAUAAAAAUCCUCAAAUAGAAUACAUUUUGUUCCCUAAUUAUGUUUAAAUCCAACAGUAGCUUGCUUAGCUUAAUUCUCACCUGCAUACAUGCUCAUAUCAGAAAGUAAACAUAAUGAGAUUUAGCAUUGACACUGCAUAGUCACUGUUUCUCUGAAUGUUUAUGGUCAUUGUCUUGAGUUCAACUUUUUACAGGUUUCCCUUGUCUGUAAAUCUGAAUGGUCAAUAGAAUAUUUUUUAUAAUAGUUUUCUUUUGAUAAUUCUUCUCAAUUUUGUAAGUGGUUUUCCUAAAAAAAUAAUAAUAAUAAUACCAGCAAUUGGUACUUCCAUUUUGACUGUGUACUAGGGCAAUAUCAGCUCAACCUUUCCAGAAGAAAACUCUGAAUCAAAAAAGGUAAAUGGUCCGAUAUCGGUGCUUCUUUUCUGAGCUCUGAAAUAGUUUUCUUUGUAAAACUAAAACCAAACUUAAUACAUUUGUUCAAAUUGUUGAUGAUGUCUUCAGAUUUUUUGGGUCAGUUUUGAUUCAAUUUUAAGAUCAGUAGAUUGUGUUAUGUCAUUUUGUGUUGUCUGGUUUUGUUUUAUUUACUCUUACAUUGAUGUGGAAUGUAAAAUGUGACGUAGAACAAUGAAUAUAGUUGUAUCAUACAUUCAAUAAAUUGUGCUUACAUUUAUGAAA